GAGCCGCAUGUGGCUCAAGAGCCACAGGUUCGCCACCCCUGGUGUAUGUCUUUCCCGAUAUUUCCGGUUGCAGUUGAAAGCAGCGCCUUCACCUGUCUGUCGGUCAAGUCCAGCUGAUCUGAGUGAGAAUGAUUCAGAGAGGCGUCGGCUUGAACGAGCGGACAACAACAGGGAGAGCAGCUCAAAGACUUUGUCUGUAAUGAAAUGGCAGCUAGCAACUCCGGUGUCAUGUGAGACCUGCCUGAAUGGACACACUAAAAACGGCGUUAUGGCCAUGGAGAGCAGUGUGUUGAGUAACUGUGACUACAGCCACAAUGUCACCUUCUUCUACAACUUGGUGGGUAAGAAGAUAAACUUGAUGUGGACGACGCGGGACUCUGUGGUAAUCGGACUGGGCUUGACGGUAUGUCUCAUUGUAGUCCUAGCCAACCUGAUGGUGAUGGUGGCCAUCUUCAUGAACCACCGCUUCCACUUCCCCAUCUACUAUCUCCUGGGCAACAUGGCAGCAGCUGACCUGUUUGCAGGUAUGGCCUACGCCAACCUGAUGUUGAACACGGGCCCCUGGACCAGAAUGCUCACCAAGGAGCAGUGGUACAUCCGCGGGGCUUUGAUUGACAUCAGCCUGACGGCCUCUGUGGCCAACCUUCUGGCUGUUGCCGUGGAGCGCCACCAGACCAUCAUCACCAUGCAGCUGCACAGCAAGAUGAGCAAGCGGCGCGUGGUGCUGCUGAUAGUCGGCAUCUGGGCUGUGAGCAUCGUCAUGGGCCUGGUGCCCUCAACGUUUUGGAACUGCGAGUGUGAUCUGGAGGACUGCUCCACCGUCGCUCCUCUCUACAGCCGCCACUUCCUCAUCUUCUGGGCAUCUCUCAACCUGCUUACUUUCUUCAUCAUGGUGGCCGUGUACACUCGUAUCUUUAUCUACGUGAGAUACCAGACCAGGUACGUGUCUCAGCACACCUUGGAGAUGCGUCACCGGCAGACUGUUGUCAACCUGAUGAAAACGAUCUCCAUGGUUCUGGGCGCGUUUGUAAUCUGCUGGAUGCCUGGCCUCGUGACUCUCUUACUGGACGGGCUAUUGGGUGAAGCCAGCCACGCCAACACCUAUGAGAAGUUCUGUUUGGCGAUAGCAGAAUGCAACUCUAUGGUCAAUCCUAUCAUCUAUACUCUGCGAGACGACGAGAUGCGGAGGACGUUCAAGUGGAUCUUGUGCUGCCUUUGUCGGAGAGGUGGCGACCAGCAGAAGGAGCUGUCACUUGUCGAGAUGGACUCCCCUCUGCCAGAGGAAACUCUUGGCUGUGUCCCAAAAUCAGAAGAUUAGACAGUUGGCACGGAAACAAACUAUAAAGAAGACAGGUGGACAAUGCCAGGGGUAUGAUGGCUGUAUUCCUGCAAUUUAAACCAAAAUCUUGACUUUCAUGGUCAUCUAACCAACCCACAUUGUGUAAAGUUUAGAUUCUUUUCUUGUUCUGCUGGAUGUCUGUCAACUUCCGCUAAAUGACCUCUCUUCCUUGUUUGCAUUUGUAAAUUGAAUGAAAUGUGUAUAUAUAAAUAUAUAAAUAUGCAUCUUUUGAAAA